AUGAACUGUUUAACACAAUGCAUUGGAGAUAAGCGACCUAGAACAGAUAGGAAAAUAGUCGCUGUUGAGACUAGUGGUGCACCGGACGGAGGAGAGAACUAUGAGUUGUCACUCACCUGGAACCCAGCUGAAUCUCUCGUGUAUGGUGUUCUCAGUCAACUGAAUGUGCUUCACCAGGCCGCCUCAUGUUUCAGUCGCUACGAUAUUUGGAAUAUCGCGAUACAUGUAUAUCUUUGUAAUGUACUACUUAUAAGGUUGCUGAGAAUCCGUCGACAGCCCACGACCGGUUUCGCCCUCGUUGGGGCUCAUCAGGCACAGUCCCCGGGUUUCCGUCAACCUUAUGUUCUACUUGAAACCAAAUUGCACGAAAUCAGCGAAUAUACACUCAUUUGCAAACUAACUAAGGAAAAAAAACAAAUUAGUUUGCAAAUGAGUUUCGCACUCGUGAUCGAUAGCUGUAUUUUGGUACACUCGGGGGCGAGAUGGCCCAAUUGGUUAGAGCGCGAAUUUACUGACCGGAAGGUCCGUGGUUCGAGCCCGACAUCUGCCUCUCGACUUCCCCUGUCUAGGCUUGGGCAAACUGGCAGUAUCCCAGCCCUCGUGCUUCCUUCGGGCUGCAUGACAGUUAGGCACCGAAAGAGUGUUACGGUUGGACCAACGCUCACGACAGAGCUCAACAGUGCGACUAAACCGUUGUGUACAGGAGGUGCAGAGAAUCUGGAGAGAGAGAGAGAGACAAAGUCGCGUAUGGAUUUCGGUCAAAGUGAAAAAAAUCGUUCAGCUAUGGCACUCUUUCGGUGCCUAGUUGCCAUGCUACCCGAAGGAAGCACGAGGGCUGGGAUACUGCCAGGCUGCCUAAGCCUAGACAGAGAAAGUCGAGAGGCAGAGGUUGAGUGCGAACCACGGACCUUCCGGUCAAAUUCAACGGGAAGAUCUGCUGCUGCACUGCAAACCAGGCCAGGUUUGUCGGCUUACCGUGAUUUACCACACUUUUUACUAUCAAGAAUUACAGGGUUACAGAAGCCGUUUCAACUUUUCGAGAAAUACACUCAUAUGCAAAUCAAUUCGGCUUUUGCGAGAGAUUCAACUAAAUCUCUCGUUUAUGAUAUUCUACAACUGAAUGCGAUGCACACAGGCCGCCUCAUGAUUCAGUUGGCACGAUAUUCGAGAUAUCGCAGUACAUUUUCAUAA